AUGCGUCUUCUCGAACUCCUCCCUGUCGGCUUAGGCUUGGCACAAUGGUCAGCAGCUGCAGCAUUACCUCCAACCACUGAAUUGGGAACAUGCAAGAAUCCUCCCAAGAGGGUAGAAUGGAGACAGUUGUCAGUGCCACAGAAGAAAUCUUACAUCGAUGCCGUCCUUUGCUUGUCACAUAGGAAGGCCAAAUCCGGUAUCGCAGGUGCCGUGAACCGAUUCGAUGAUCACCAAGGUGUCCACAUGCUUCAGAAGCCCCAGAUCCACUGGGUGGGUCAUUUCCUCUUAUGGCACCGUUACUUUGUUGCAACCUAUGAAAAGGCACUGAGAGACGAAUGCGGAUACACCGGAGGCCAACCAUACUGGGACUGGUCCUUGGAUGCUGAACCGCAAAAUGAACAGUCUCAUCGUGCCUUUCAUUCCGAGAUCUUCCAACCUGACACAGGGUUCGGUGGUAACGGCUAUCCCGUCCAAGCUACUCCAGAACAGAAUCGCUUGAACAUUACAGGGAAUACUGGUGGAGGCUGUGUUAUGAAUGGGCCAUUCGCCCCUCCUCAUUUUACCGUGAAUCUGCCCACUCCACACUGCUUGAAACGAGACUUUGUUCCGUGGAUCAUCAACCGAUUCGCAGAUAGCAAACUGGUUGAAGAAGUGUUGGCACAACCGGACUACACCAGCAUAGCAAGAACAGUGGAGAAGAAGCAAAGCUUUGAUCCCCCAAACAUUCAUGCUAGCGGCCACUUCGGUGUUGGUGGCAUCCUGGGUACCAUGGGAAACGCAGCGGAGAGCCCUGGUGAUCCACUCUUCUACCUCCACCAUGGAAACAUUGACCGCAUCUUUUGGGAAUGGCAACAGAAAGAUCUGGAGACACGUCUGAAUCAAGUGGGUGGUCCCAUCACACCCUUUGAUUAUAGCGGCAAGAACGUUACAUUAGACUUCACCAUCAACAUCGGGGCGCUAGCGGGCAAUGCCACACUCAAGGACCUGCUAAAUACCAAAGGCGGGACGCUCUGCUACACUUAUUAG